CCGGUCUCCCUGGCUAGACUAGCGCCCGGGGAGGGAAGCUCCUCGGCUGCUAGGCCUGUGCGCGCGCCCGACAGUCGUGCGUCGCUUGCCUUUGCCAUGUGGCGUCUGUUGUUGGUGACGUGGCCGUCCCAUGACGCGCACGCAGGGGUAGCGCCAGCAGUGAGGUCGACGUGGAAACGCAAGAGGAGCCCAGCUAUCAGGGUUAGAGAUGGAGGUGGGGGGGGAGCUACAACGACGAACAGAUGAUUGGCUGGUGACAUUGGAGCAAGGAUGCAGGCGGUUACAGGUGAUGGUGGGGGAGCUGUCUUCGUGGUCGAAUGAGGAGCUAGAAGACGAAGGGGGAGCAAUCUCUCUGGCUGUUUGGUUGAAGAAUAUGGCCGACGACAUGCUGGAUAUCAUCUGGGGGCUGGAGGAGGGGCCGGAUCCCCAGCUGGAAGCCUGCAUCGAUUGGAAGAGGGCAGAGGCCAUGAUGUCUACCUGCUAUGCACUCUUCGCUGAGGGUCGGAACCUGCACUAUAAGCUUGAAGACCGGUUGAAGGGCGAAGACGACCUGGAUGGUGAGGACUGGCAGGAGGAUGGAGCGCAGGAAGACGAGGUUAACUCCAGCGUCAGCAUCAACAACAACAACAACAACAUCAACAACAACGAUAACAUCAACAACAACAACGACAACAACAACAACAACAUCAACAACAACGGUUACAGCGACAACAACAAUGAUGACAACAUCAUCAUGAACAACAAAAACGUCAACAACAACACCUACAACGGAAGUGAUGAACAUGGCAGCAGCGGGGUGGGGAACGGUGCCCGGGCAUAUCUGAUCAUCGUCAGCAAGAUGGGAGAGAUGCUGCACGUGGAUGCGGUGGAAUUCGGGGCUGACAACAACAAUGGCGAGGGCGGCAAACGACGACUAUGGCGGCAAGGAUCACCAUGACAACAGUAACAACAACAACAACAACAAUAACAACGUCGACAACAACAACAACAGCGGUGAUGGCGGCAGCGACGACGA